CAAACCCGCCCCCGCUGCCCCGUUCCUUCUCCUGGACUUGCAUCGCUCUUGACCGCCGUCGUCCGUUUCUCGCCAGUCUCGUCUCCACAUCCUCCCUGCCGUCCCCGACUGCACCGCCCAGCACUCACUCGCCGCACUCACUCGCCGCACCUCUAUCGCCAUGAGCUCAAGCAAGACUUCCCAGAUCCAGCGUGAGGUUGACCAGGUCGUCGGCAUCAUGCAAGACAACGUCACCAAGGUUAUGGAGCGAGGCGAGCACCUGUCCACCCUCCAGACCAAGACCGAUGACCUCCAGAACUCGUCGUCACAGUUCCGAAAGGGCGCCUCUGCUGUGCGCAAGCAGAUGUGGUGGAAGGACAUGAAGAUGAAGAUCAUCCUGGGCAUCAUUGUUGCGGUGAUCUUGCUCGCCAUCAUCCUGUCUGUUGUUCUGACCAAGCGAAACUAAAGCCGGCUUUCCCAGCCUGGCUUCGCCGGCGCUCCUAUAUCAACCUCCCUUCCCACUCGCCUGCGCUACCGCACUUCCCUUCCCUGAAGGUGCCUUGAUUCUCCGAAUCUCAGUGAUUCUUCCGUCUGUCGUUGCUGUGCAUUUUCUUGUUCCCUUCGUCCAUAUUGUCCCAAACAUGCCACCACCCGCCCCGCCGCUACUGUCCAGCUCCCUGGCGAAGCAGCGGUGAGGAUGGCAUGUGUUUUUGUGUCUCUGUUGAUUGCUUGAUUUGCUCCUUGAAUACAUGCAUUACUCAUUUUGAAA